GAAGAAAAAAAAGAGAAAAUUCUCAACCAACGGAACAGAGAGAGAGAGAUAUGCUAGGCAGAACAGCUGUAGCCUCUUCCUCUGUUUCAGUGCCCGCUGUUUCUCCCACAGUCCCCAAAUUCUUAGGCCUUAAAAGGCUCCCUUACAAUUCUUUUUCUACACCAAACAUCAAAUGGAACUACACUUUUAAAUUUAUCAGAAAGAGUAGUAUCGGUUCCAGAAUGGAGACCAGAGCAUCAGCUCUACCUUUGAAGAAUGCUGAUGAGCUCAUUGACUCCGUCGAGACCUUCAUCUUCGAUUGUGAUGGAGUUAUUUGGAAAGGCGAUAAAUUGAUAGAUGGAGUCCCUCAGACUCUUGAUAUGCUUCGUUCAAGGGGCAAGAGAUUAGUUUUUGUUACCAAUAACUCCACAAAGUCCAGGAAACAAUAUGGUAAGAAGUUUGAGACACUUGGUCUGAACGUGAGUGAGGAGGAAAUUUUUGCAUCUUCUUUUGCAGCUGCUGCAUACCUGAAGUCCAUUAAUUUUCCAAAAGAAAAGAAGGUUUAUGUGAUAGGUGAGGAUGGCAUCUUGAAGGAGCUUGAACUUGCUGGAUUUCAAUACCUUGGUGGACCUGAAGAUGGUGGGAAGAAGAUAGAAUUAAAACCUGGGUUUCUAAUGGAGCAUGAUAAGAAUGUUGGGGCAGUUGUCGUUGGUUUUGAUCGGUAUUUCAACUACUACAAAGUCCAGUAUGGAACACUCUGUGUAAGGGAAAACCCAGGGUGCCUCUUCAUUGCCACAAAUCGUGAUGCUGUCACUCAUCUCACAGAUGCUCAGGAAUGGGCAGGUGGUGGCUCCAUGGUUGGUGCAAUUGCCGGAUCAACUCAGCGUGAACCACUCGUUGUUGGAAAGCCCUCAACUUUCAUGAUGGAUUACUUAGCAAGCAAAUUCGGGAUUCUGAAGUCACAGAUAUGCAUGGUCGGGGACAGAUUAGAUACUGAUAUUCUGUUUGGACAAAAUGGUGGUUGCAAAACUCUUCUCGUUCUCUCAGGUGUGACUUCAUUAUCAAUGCUUCAGAGCCCCAGUAACUCCAUCCUACCAGAUUUCUACACAAACAAAAUAUCUGAUUUUCUCUCUCUCAAAGCAACAACUGUAUGAACAUGUACUACCUUGUAUGUACACUGUCAUUUUGCCAAUUCUUAUUUUAGUUGUAUGUCUUUGUGGUAAUCAUCUACAAAUUAGAAAUAAUGAAUAUCAUACGAGGCAAUGAUUUUUUUUUC